AUGUCCUCGACUAAUGUUCAAUGCUGCUGGGGUCAUACGCCCUGCAACGUUUCCUUGGACGACAUCAGCGCCGCCGGGAUCAACAAGCAUCUGAAGACGUACCAUUUCGCCAACUGGCACCCGCGAGAUCGCGCCACCUGCCAAUGGCAGACCGACGACGGCACCUGUGCCUCUGAGAUGUAUUGUGGCAACCUCGGCAAACACGUAGCUGCGGUCCACCUACUUGUUAUGCAGCGCGAGUGCCCGUACUGCGGCGAGGUUUUCGCCAGGAGCGAUGCGCUUUCGCGACACAUUCAUUCCUAUUGCUCUGCGGCUGGUAACGCUGCUCCCGCGGGCUGA